AUGUCAACUUAUGAUAAAUUUCUUAAGGACAUUUUGAGUAAUAAAAGAGAAGUUGACUUUGUGGAAACAAUUAACAUGCCGGAAAAUUGUAGUGCAAUUAUUCAAAAUAAGUUUCCCACUAAGCUUGAAUAUCCUGGUAGUUUUUCUAUUCCAUGUGUUAUUGGGGAAAUGGUAAUUGAUUGUGCUUUGUGUGAUCUAGGUGCUUGCAUAAGCUUGAUGCCCCUCUCUUUGUGCAAAAGACUUAGCCUAGGAGAGUUAAAGCCCACUUACAUUUCCCUUCAAUUAGCCGAUCGUUCGGUUAAGAUGCCUUUGGGAAAAUUAGAGGAUGUCCCCCAUAGGGUGGGAAAACUUUACAUUCCGGUGGACUUUAUUGUGCUUGAUAUGGACGAGGACUUGAAUGUCCCCAUAAUUCUAGGUAGGCCUUUCUUAGCUACAGCGGGGGCUAUUAUUGAUGUGAAACAUGAAAAAUUGUCUUUAUUUGUUGGAAAAGAGAAAGUAGAAUUAAAAUUGAACCAAGUUAUGAAAUGUCCAUCCAACAUGGAUGCUUGUAUGCGAAUUGAUGUUGUUAAAAUUGUUAUUAAUGAAUCCAUACAAUGGAAUUUUUAUAAUACUAAUGAUUCUCUUGAGUGUGAACUUGAAAGCAAAGAUAGGUCUUGCAAUGUAGACAUGGAGAUGGAGCCAACUGAGGAGAAUCUUGACUCCAUCUCCAUGGACAAGGAAGAAGAAAACCUUGUGAUUGGAGAAAAAUAA